AUGGAUCAAGUACUCCGAGAAUGUAAGCGGCUUGGUUUAUCAAAGGAUAUCACCGAUCGUGUGCGCGACUGGUUCAUUUACACAUGGCAGAAGCAGAAGACUUUAGGUUUUUCCACAGUAUUGAAAUUUGCUAAUUUCGCAACAGUUUUACUCACAUAUUGCUUCGAUUUCUUCCUUUUUUUGGUCGAAAUAAGAAUUGCAUCCGUCUAUACUGCAACGGCUCAUUGA